GUUGUGAGUCACCAUAGAGCAAGUUGCAUGUGUUUUUAUUUUGAAGUUACACUUUUAUCUUCAUUUCAUCUUUAGUUUUUAUUUUUAACGAAAGUGUGUUUAUAACCAAUUGUCAUCAUGGGUCGUCGUUUCAAAAAUAAAAAAGGUAAACAGGAUUCAAAAGGUAACCGUGGAAAUAGGAGACCUGGAAAACCAAUUAAUUAUGCUGAUAUUGUUAAAGAAAAUGAAACUUAUGUUAAAUAUUACAAAGCUCAAAAUAUUGUUAAACCUGAAGAAUGGGAUUGUUUUAUGAAUACGAUUCGAGAUGAAUUGCCGGCUGCAUUCCGUAUAAGUCGUUGCUGCAUGGGUCAAACUUUGAAAUUACGAGAUAUGAUUAAUGAUGAUAGUUUUAGUGCCAUAGUUAAUCCAGAUGGUAAUAGAGUUGCUGCAAUUGCAGCUUUACCGUGGGAUAAAGAUGGUCUCUCUUUUCAGUUUAACUAUUCUCGAGUUGAAAUCAGAAAAUCCGAAGCUCUUCAGCGAUUACAUUCUUUCUUGGUUUCUGAAUCAGAAAAUGGUUAUAUUACACGCCAAGAAGCUGUAUCAAUGAUACCCCCACUUUUAUUGGAUGUUCAGCCUCAUCAUAAAGUUCUUGACGCUUGUGCAGCUCCAGGAUCCAAAACUGCUCAAAUAAUCGAAAUGUUAGAUGUUAACUUGGUUAAUUUGGAAUGUAAACAGUCAAAUUCUUCAUCGGUCAGUUCUGGUAUGGUCGUCGCCAAUGAUGUUGAUAACAAACGGUGCUAUAUGCUUGUUCAUCAAGCAAAGCGAUUACAUUCACCAUGUUUUGUAAUUUGUAAUCAUGAUGCUGGUGUUAUGCCGAAUUUCUUCUCAGAGACAGAUGGGAAUAAGACAAAAAUGAAAUUUGACAGAAUCCUUUGUGAUGCACCUUGUACAGGAGAUGGUACGAUCAGAAAAAAUGUUGAUGUCUGGACAAAAUGGACGAUAUCUAAUGGAAAUAAUUUUCAUGGUAUCCAGUCUCGAAUUGGUAGAAGAUGUCUAGAAUUGUUAGCAAAAGAUGGUUUAAUGGUUUAUUCAACUUGUAGUCUUAAUCCAAUGGAAGAUGAAGCUGUAGUUGCCUCUUUGUUGAAUCAAUGUGAAGGCGGUGUUGAACUUGUUGAUGUAUCUGAACGCCUACCUGGACUCAAAUAUUCACCAGGUAUAGAUACUUGGGUUGUUAUGCAAAAAGACAUGAAAAUUCUCAAUUCUUUCCAAGAAGUCGAAGAAAAUUACCGAACACAAAUUCGUGAAACAAUGUUCCCUCCAGAAAAUGCUAAAGAAUUGAAUCUUCAUCGAUGUAUGCGCAUAUUACCUCAUUAUCAAAAUACCGGAGGAUUUUUCGUCGCAGUUUUAAGGAAAAAAGUUGAACAUCUUCCAUGGGAAAAACCGAAAGAAGAACCUAGUGAUGCAGAAAAUUUGAAAACAGAAGAGAUGACUGAUACUUCUCAAAUCAAAACAGAUCCACCAGCUAAAAGAGCAAGACGUUCUCUCGGUUUUCGUGAAGAUCCUUUCUACUUUUUUACUGAAGAAAGUGAAGAAUGGAUCGAGAUUAAAAAGUUUUUUAAAAUUUCUGAUAAAUUUCCUGUUAAUCAAUUGGUCGCGCGAUCAAAAGGAGCUAAGAGAAAUAUUUAUUUUGUAACUUCUUCAGCUCGAGAAAUCAUAAUAAAUAAUGAAAGUAACAUCAAAUUUAUUAAUGCUGGAGUUCGUUUAUUCUGUCGAGCUGAUGAUAAAGUUUGUGAUGUUGGCUAUAGAAUAACUCAAGAAGGUUUGUCUUCAUUAUUUCCCUACCUUGAUAAAGAAAAUAUGGUGACACUUAAUGCAACUGAACUUGCUCUCGUAAUGACCCAAGAAAUGACCAGACACGAAGAACUAGAAGAAUCAACUCGACUUAAAUUGUCAACUUUACCAAGUGGGUGCAUUGUUGCCAUUUAUUGUGAAAAUUUAACUUCAAAAUGUCCAAAUAGAGGAACCAUUAAUCAUGAUAUGGUUGUUCCUUUAUGUAUUUGGAAAGGAAAAAAUACUGUUCGUCCUUUUGUAUCAAAAUCGGAGAGAAUUCAUUUUCUCAGAAUCUGUGGAGGUGAUACAAAGGAAUUAGAGGCAACUGAACUAAAAAAGUUUCAAGAUAAACAAGAAAGGAAACAAGCAAGACUGAAUGAGCGGAACCAAAAACAAGAACAAAACGAUUUGAAAGAAAAAUUGGAGACAAAUCAAGAUCUUGAUUCAAAAACAGAAAGCACAACUUGUUAAUAACACUUUUUUGCAUUAAAAUUUGACAAAAGUUUCAAACAAAAAUAUUUUACUACAAUUUUUACUUGGGAAAAAGCUCCUUUCCGUGGUCCAACAGCAUCUUAUUUAGAGCCUGAUGCUUACGAUGAUGAUGAUGAUGAUGAUGGCGGUGUAUCUUUAUCAGCAAUUAAAAAACGUUACAAGAAAGGAGGUGCUGGUUAUAAUAUCUAUACAGAUAGUGACGAUGAUAGUGACCUGGAUAAGAAAAAAUCAUCUAGUGAACGAAAACGAACUGCGAAGGUUGUCGAAAGUGAUGAUGAAAAUAAAGAUAAAUAGCCGGUUUGGUGAUAACCCUUUAAAAUGUUUACAAUUCAACUGAAUAUUAGUGUGUAAUUAAAUUUUUUAUGUAAUAAGUUGAAAACAAAAACAUUAAAUUCAAUUUUU